GCCAUUCUCUCCGACGCCAUUUUGAGCAUAUGAUCGUUGUUGUGAAAUUGGUCAAUAAAUUCUAAAAUAAUAGAAAAUUAGUAGCUUAACUUGUGAAAAACAUUAAAAAAGUAAACAAUGGCUCGUACUAAACAAACAGCCCGUAAAUCUACUGGAGGUAAAGCUCCGCGUAAACAACUUGCUACAAAAGCGGCGCGAAAAUCAGCGCCGAGCACUGGUGGAGUCAAGAAGCCACAUCGUUAUCGCCCUGGUACAGUGGCCCUUCGUGAAAUUCGUCGUUAUCAGAAGUCUACUGAGUUGCUUAUCCGUAAGCUGCCUUUCCAGCGUCUUGUGAGAGAAAUCGCUCAGGAUUUCAAAACUGAUUUGCGUUUCCAGUCUGCCGCCAUCGGAGCUCUCCAGGAGGCAAGCGAGGCUUAUCUCGUUGGCUUGUUCGAAGACACCAACUUGUGUGCUAUUCACGCCAAACGUGUGACCAUCAUGCCGAAGGAUAUUCAACUUGCUCGACGAAUCCGUGGUGAACGUGCUUAAAUUAGUUUAAUUGUAAUUUUGAUUAGAUGUAAUUCUGUAACUUUUUUAUGUCUCACUUAUAUUAAAUUAACCUUAAAUAUUAUAAUAUCCAUUACAUCAUAAGGAGGCAGAACUGAUUUUUUUUCAUUCUAAUAAUGGUAUGCUACAAUGAAGUAUGAGAAUGAUGUAUUUCAUCAAAAUUCUGUAAUUGGACUUCUUGCUAAACCAAGAUAUGGUCAUGUAAUAUUGUGUAAGGUUCAUUAGUCACAGAAAAAGCCCAUGGAUGCCUGAUCUGUGUUAAAUGACUUUGUAAGUUGUGUCUAGCAGUAGUUAUUAGGUAAUAUUUCCAAGCCACACAUGCGUGUGAGUAAUCUGUGUUUGAACUGAUUCAUAAUGUGUAAUUGAGUAUUUGGUGUUAAAUAAAUCUAAUUUAGACUUAA